CAUACUCAAAACCACUUAAAGAGGAAGAGCAAGGUAAGAAAAGAAAACAAAGAGUAGAGAGAGUCAUUGAUUAUAAUUUAUAAGUAAUUAUUUUGCAGUUGGUUAAUUAUGGGUUAUUGCGAUGGUAAGUGGACGCCGGUAAUUAUUAUGAUUACGAUAAACUCAGCGCUAGGCUUAGGUAAUGCUCUGGUCAAAAAGGUACUCGAUGGUGGUGUUAAUCAUAUGGUUAUAGCAACAUACCGGCUCGCUAUUUCUACCUUAUUUUUGGCACCAAUCGCAUUUUUCUGGGAACGGACAACAAGACCGAAACUUACGCUCAACAUCUUGGUUCAGCUUUUCUUCAGUGCUCUUGUUGGGGCAAGUUUGACUCAGUAUUUCUUCCUACUGGGGCUAUCGUACACAUCGGCUACGAUAGCAUGUGCUUUUAUUAGUAUGUCACCUGCGGUUACGUUCGUUUUAUCUUUAGUAUUCAGGGUAGAGAAGCUAAACAUGAAAAGCAAAGCAGGUAUGUGGAUGGUGAUGGGCACUUUGAUAUGCAUUGGAGGAGCCUUAUUACUAACAAUGUACAAAGGUGUUCCCUUGACAAAAUUUCACAAACUAGAAUCCCAUCUAUUGACGAACCAUAACCCCGCAUUGAAACCCGAGAACUGGAUCGUCGGAUGCGUGCUUCUCUUCGCGGGUAGUAGCUGUUUCGGGUCGUGGAUGCUAAUACAAUCCAAAGUGAACGACAAAUACCCUUGUCAAUACUCAAGUACCGUCAUAUUAUCUUUCUUCGGCACCAUUCAAUGCGCCCUUUUAAGCCUCAUCAAAUCUAGAGAUAUCACGGCUUGGAUCCUCACAGAUAAACUGGAUAUCAUGACCAUUAUUUAUGCAGGAGCAGUAGCACAAGGAAUAUGUACAGUGGGAACAUCUUGGUGCAUCAGAAAGAGAGGACCUAUCUUUACUUCAGUUUUCACUCCGGUGGGGCUUGUCUUCGCAACUCUAUUUGAUUUCUCGAUCCUUCUUCGUCAAAUUUGUAUUGGAAGUGUUAUCGGAUCUGGGAUUGUAAUCUUCGGACUAUACAUAUUCUUGUUGGGAAAGGUAAGGCAAAUGAAGGAAGAGUGUGAAAAGAAGUUGCCUUCUCAUUUUGGUCAAGAAGAAAGCCAAGAUGAUGAACACUACAAAAAGGGUCAUCUUAUGGUUGUUCCAAUGACUCCUUGAUAUAUAUGCUCAGAUUCCUUUUGUUCUUCACUCUAUACAAUAUGUUGAAAGUAAUAAUUUCAAGCAUAAAAGCCAACCAAGGCUAUUAUC